UAGCGCGGGAACUAGGAAAUUUACUUUUUAAAGUAUCCAAAAUAAAUAAAAAAUUUCGAGUGAAUAUAUGGGUCUGGGUAAUAAAUGAAAUGAAACAGCAAAGAAAAAGUUAGAAGUGCUUUUUAAUUUGUUUGUUUGUUUGUUUUUCAUGCGAAGUCUUAUCUAAAGUCAUUCAUUAUCUCAAGUUCUACUUUACGGACGUUACCUAUAUACAAAUCUAUUAAAAUCUUACGUCACAUGUGGAUAUAUCUAUUUCUGUACCUGCAGGCUAGUAGUUCUCAAACUGGGACGCUAAGGUUUUCCUUGGAUUUAUUUGAUAAAUUGAAGUCAUUUGAGAUCGCAAGAUGCUUUCAGAAAAUGUUUGACUUUGUUUUUGUUUUCAAUGUUUAGGAUGUUUCUUAAGAAUUGAAGAUUAUUACUUCCUAGUCCAAACCUCCCGCUGGACGGCGGAGGAUGAUAGCGGGCAGGGUUCGAACCUGAGACCCUUGAGUCGAUAUUCCAAGGCUUAUACCACACGACCAGGCAGACAUCCCACUUGAAAAUAAGUUGGGAACCGCUGGAAGUGUCGCUCUUGCUCUCAACAGUUUUUACUGAUAGGACGACCGUGUCCUCUUGCUAAGUGCAAAUGGCCCACUCCAUGCUGGAAUAAUCCAUGAAACAAAGAGCCUAGCACUUAAACAGUGAGUAGUGGUUCCGGUUGUACCGUGGGGUCACGAUGACCGAAACACUGGCACGGUGGGUUCGGUUCCUGGCUGACCCGAAACUUACGGCGCAGUUUCAGAGGAAGUGCGGAAUCAGGAGCUGGUCAACCACUGCCGAGGCUAACGGCCUUAAUGGGAGCGCCCCUGGCAACAACAAUGUGGAACCGAACGGGAAGAUCGCCCUAGGAAAGUUAGCCCCGACAGCAAAUGGAAAAGUUGAGCACGGACGAUUAGCCUCUACACCAAACGGUCACGUAAAGUUUGAACAAGGUCCCUCUGUGGCAAACGGCAAAGCUAAACAUGACAAAAUAUCCUCGACGGUAAAUGGUAAAAUCAACCAUGACUCGCACAGCAGUGUUCCUGACCUGAAUAUUUCUAAUGGAAUUACCAGAAGAAAUGGCGACAUCAUCUCCCAGGUCAACGCGUCGCCUGAAAGCUUGAAUUUCGCCCACAGCGAUGGUAAAAAACGGAAGUCGGGUUCAUCUAAUGACCAAGCCAUACCCCAAGAAACAUCGCUGCACUACUCCAUUGACAAUGCCGCUCUCUACUGGCUAUUUUCUUUCGGUGCUAGUCUGGGCAACGAGCUGUUUUAUACGCUCUUCUUCUCAGCCUGUAUGUGGAGCUUCGACAGCUUUGUCCUGAGAAAAACUCUCAUCCUGUGGGUCGUGAACAUGUACGUUGGCCAGGUGGCCAAGGAUAUCAUCAAGUGGCCCCGGCCGAGAUCCCCUCCUGUGGUCAGACUGGAGGAGAGGUAUGAACUGGAGUACGGGAUGCCCUCGACCCAUGCCAUGGUGGGCUUUGUACUGCCCUUUGGAAUGCUGUAUUACAUGUGUGGGCGGUACGAGUUUAGUUUGCUCCUCGGUCUGGUGGUAGCAGUCACGUGGUGUUUACUGGUUUGUUUUAGUCGCAUCUACCUCGGCAUGCACAGUGCAUUGGACGUCAUUGUUGGUGUUAUGUUCUCGGCUUUCCUGAUGUUGGUGACGGCUCCAUGUGUGGAUCCCCUGGACACGUUCAUCAUCACUAGCCCGCUGUCCAUGCCAGUGGUCAUCGCAACGUGCUUGGCACUCGGACUCGUAUAUCCUCGCGUGGACAAAUGGAGUACCACGCGAGGUGACACCACCCAGGCUUUGGCAGUUUUCUCGGGAAUAGUCGAAGGCCUCUGGCUCACUAGGCGCUCCGUAGACUUUGUCCCCACGGUCGAAUCUUUGCCGCUUCUCCUUGGGAUAACAUCGCGCAACUCUAUCGGGGUAGCGCUGCUGCGCCAGCUUAUUGGUGUCCCCAUCGUCUACGGUUCGUUGCUCAUCGCCAAGACGGUCAUCCUCUACUCGAUGUCCUGGUUUCUGAACUACGACCCCAAGGACCCGGAAACCAAAAAACGAUUCGUAGUGGAGUUACCCUACAAGUACGGACAGUUCUUCGUGUCUUGUUCUGUGGGCGCGUACAUAGUGCCUCUCCUAUUCUCCAAGAUGAACAUUGCAAGACCAGGAUUUUACUCCGAGACAUUUAGUCUUCUUUAGAACUAACAAAAAUAUAUCUUUAGAUCAUUGAAGAAAACUUGGAUUCACUGGUUCACUUUGUUUUUCCAUGAGAAACUAAGAAUCUAUGUUUGAACAGAAAUGUCAAAGUGGAAAACAAAAGAAAUGUCAUUUCAGUCAUAUAAUUAAUUUGUUUGAACACAAAAAAAAAAGAUUAAUUUAAUUUACUUGUUACACGUAUCCAAUGGGAAAAUUUUUUUUUUUUAGUUGGUUAGUUUUGUUGAGUGUAUCUAAUUAUAUGAAAGUUGGUCUUUUUGACACUUGUCCAUUACCACCAUUUUCACGUUCAUCAGGCAUUCAGUUCAGCUUUGUGUCUGUUUUUAUGAGUUGAAAGUUCUUAUAAUGUUCAAUUGGUGUUCAUUGUAUGUUCAGGUCAUAUUUUUUGGUAUGGACGUAAUGCUCAUUCUAUAUGCAAGGCAUAUUUAUGUCAUGUUCAAGUGAUUCUUAUAUCUACUGCAUAAAAAAAAGGAAAGUUUAAAUUUACACAGAACACCGUGCAUUGGUCUUGUAAAUAAUGCGAGCAGUUUUAUCAAGUUUAUCUGAUGUUUUGAUAAGUUACCUAUGAGAUAACAUGUCAGCUAUAUAUUUAGCCCAUCAAGUGACCGGAGUUAUUCAUGAGUCUGUUUCGGAGAAAAGCAUCCUUUAUUUGGGUCAUGUUUUUUUUUAACUUAACCUUUUCCAAAUGUAGAACUUUAACACUGGACACCAUGGUGUGAGAAAGGGGAUAGGGGUUGAGAAUGUAGCAUUCUAACUAGAUCUAUAUCGCCUUGUAUUUGUUCAGCUGACCCAGAAAAACAAUGAAGUUUUAUCCUAUCUUGAAAUGUUAUCACGUACUUUGUAUCGUUGGAUACGUUCAGCUGCUGAAAGUGGAUAAAUAGUUAUCUAGUAUCUAAAGAUCACAGAUCGAGUCUUGGGAAAUAUCUAUUUACAUAUAUGUAUGUCUAUAAAUGUGGAUCCACAGAGCUUCUGUUAUCUGUCUGUCGGUCAGUCUUCAUUAAAAUGAAAAUGGAAAUCGCUAUUGAAAAUUCAAUUUUGCUGCCAUUUUGUUUUUCGUGCCCCAACUAGUUUCCACAACUAUUUCUGGCUUCUGAAAAUGUGACACAACGAAGGACUGGCAGUUUAGAAGUUGACAACACAUUCUCUUCGUAACAUUUUCUUUUAUUUUAUUCCCGUACGCACAAUCUUAAAGUUUCUGGGAACUGUAAAAUAACGAAUGAUCCUGUAAGAAUGUUUAUUUCUCUCUUCUGCCCUAUUUAUGUUGUUACGUGAAGGUAUUCCUAAGACUAUACAACUAUGUAUCUUGAGAAAACGUGAGUUAUUUAUUUUAUGGGGGGGGGGGGGUAUCCAUGUUUAGUUUUAAGUCCUCGUAACGUUCAACUUCUGGUUCGCCUUGCUUUUUAAUUUUCCCCUGAAGUUCCUAUCUUAAAGCUCUAUGUAUUUGUCCUUCUCUUCAGCAACAAGUGUAGCAAGGCCAUGGCUGCCAGCUCUAUGUAUUUGUCCUUCUCUUCAGCAACAAGUGUAGCAAGGCCAUGGCUGCCAGCUCUAUGUAUUUGUCCUUCUCUUCAGCAACAAGUGUAGCAAGGCCAUGGCUGCCAGCUCUAUGUAUUUGUCCUUCUCUUCAGCAACAAGUGUAGCUAGGCCAUAUGACUGCCAACGCAUAAAUAACUAACUCUAACGAGAAAGAAAAAGGUGAUGGUUCUAUAAGAAAAGAAUUGGCUGUCAGAGUGGACACUAAAAUAAUGAUCUCGUUUUAAGGUGAGAUUAGAUCGCUCUCACUCAUGGCGCAGUAUCGGGAAUUGUAACAUUUGGAGAGCAAAUUGUAAAUACAUUUUGUAUUGUAUCAAAUGUUUAGAGAAUAUGUACAAUUUUUGUGUUGACUUUUUCACGCAAGAACUUGUCAUGAGCACGUGAAAGAUCUGGUCUGAAUGUCAUUUAGUGCCACUGAGAGGAAACGAAACCAGAUGAACGUCGUGCAAACAAAGAAUACUUUUGUAUUUCCUAAGCAAAGGAAGAUCUGUUUGUACAUAACCAUUCAGUAUUCUAGGAACAAAGGGUUUAACGAAUGCACGGCUAUCUCAAAUGAAUGACACACUUUCACUUACUUGGGCUGUGUUGAGACUAGAACAAAUCCUUGUGGUGUGUUCAGAGUCUAGAACAAAUCCUUGUGGUGUGUUCAGAGUCUAGAACAAAUCCUUGUGGUGUGUUCAGAGUCUAAAACAAAUCCUUGUGGUGUGUUCAGAGUCUAGAACAAAUCCUUGUGGCGUGUUCAGAGUCUAAAACAAAUCCUUGUGGUGUGUUCAGAGUCUAGAACAAAUCUUUGUGGUAUGUUCACUGUCUAGAACAAAUCCUUGUGGUGUGUUCAGAGUCUAGAACAAAUCCUUGUGGUGUGUUCAGAGUCUAGAACAAAUCCUUGUGGUAUGUUCACAGUCUAGAACAAAUCCUUGUGGUGUGUUCAGAGUCUAGAACAGAUCCUUGUGGUGUGUUCAGAGUCUAGAACAAAUCCUUGUGGUGUGUUCAGAGUCUAGAAUUGAACAUAUUUGUUGUAUUCUCUACUUGAAAGCUUUUCAUCAUUUAAUUGACGAAAUCAAAACAAAGUUCAUGCAUGAAUGUUGAUAUUGUCUGAAAUAAUGAACACUGGUGUCUUGUGUAGAGAAUGUUGUCCGAUGUGGUGAAUCUUGAUAUUGUCUGAAAUAAUGAACACUGGUGUCAUGUGUAGAGAAUGUUGUCCGGUGUGGUGAAUGUUGAUAUUGUCUGAAUUAAUGAACACAGGUGUCUUGUGUAGAGAAUGUUGUUUGAUGUGGUGAAUCUUGGUAUUGUCUGAUAUAAUGAACGCUGAUGUCUUGGGUAGAGAAUGUUGUCUGGUGUGGUGAAUGUUGAUAUUGUCUGAAUUAAUGAACACUGGUGUCUUGUGUAGAGAAUGUUGUCCGAUGUGGUGAAUGUUGAUAUUGUCUGAAUUAAUGAACACUGGUGUCUUGUGUAGAGAUUGUUGUCGGUGUGGUGAAUGUUGAUAUUGUCUGAAUUAAUGAACACUGGUGUCUUGUGUAGAGAAUGUUGUCCGAUGUGGUGAAUCUUGGUAUUGUCUGAAUUAAUGAACACUGGUGUCUUGUGUAGAGAUUGUUGUCCGAUGUGGUGAAUCUUGGUAUUGUCUGAAUUAAUGAACACUGGUGUCUUGUGUAGAGAAUGUUGUCCGAUGUGGUGAAUCUUGGUAUUGUCUGAAUUAAUGAACACUGGUGUCUUGUGUAGAGAUUGUUGUCCGGUGUGGUGAAUGUUGAUAUUGUCUGAAUUAAUGAACACUGGUGUCUUGUGUAGAGCAUGUUGUCCGAUGUGGUGAAUCUUGGUAUUGUCUGAAUUAAUGAACACUGGUGUCUUGUGUAGAGAUUGUUGUCCGAUGUGGUGAAUCUUGGUAUUGUCUGAAUUAAUGAACACUUGUGUCUUGUGUAGAGAAUGUUGUCCGAUGUGGUGAAUGUUGGUAUUAUCUGAAAUAAUGAACGCUGAUGUCUUGUGUAGAGAAUGUUGUCUGCUGUGGUGAUUGGUUCAGUAUGGUGGCUAAACAUAACAGGAACGUGGAAUUUCUUUCCAUAUUCCAAUCGCAUCGCCCCACUUCUUUGUGUUCUCUAGCAUGUCACGAAUAGUUCACAAACAUCUCUGUUGAAAAUAACAGAAUCGUGUUUCUAUGAAGGUUUCUUCUAGUUGUACAAAAUACAGAAACCUGAUCACACGAACUUCAAAGAUUUAUUUAUUUUAUUUGACGAAUCGAACUAGAAUAUUGUGAGUUUUGUUCUGUGAACUAGUUCAAGAGAAGGCUUGAAAUUUGUGUAAGGACAACUUCCGGUUCAUGAAGUGAAACAAAUUGAGUGCGUGUGUUGGCGACAAGAUCAUUCAUUGGUUUGGUCUGUAUGAAGGCUCCAUGGAGAGACCUGAUAAACACCACCCUUUGGAAUGCAAUAUUUCGUAUUGAUCUUUAUUUAUUUAUUUACAUCAUGUUAUUGUUUUAAUUCGAUUUUUUAAAUAUUUGGUUAAAUUGAUUAAAUUUGUAUUUGUUUACUUAA